AUGGCCUCGACCCUCCGUUCUCCGUCCCCGCUGCUGGUGAGGGUGUCCGAGUCCAGCCCCCGAACACGCUUGAAGCUGGGAAUCUACUUCCAGAGCCAGAACUCUGGCGGCGGGGAGUGCACCGUCCAGCCCCUCGACCCCAGGGACCAGGUCACCUUCCAGGUGACGUUCAUGGAAAGGGAAGCUAAAGAGAGAGUCUUGAAGAAAGAAAAGCAUCAAAUUAUGAUUGACAACAAACUUGUGACUGUUUUUCUGGAGCCCACUGAGAAUCCAACAGAGAAGAAUGCAAGACCCAGAACAUCUUCACUGGCACAGUCACAAGAUGCUUCUGGUGAGAGGCAUCCAAACAAAGAACAUAUUCCUAAUGCCGUGGAUUCCUGUGUCCAAAAGAUCUUUCUUAGUGUCACAGCUGACCUGAACUGUGACCUCUUCUCUAAAGAGCAGAGGGAACACAUAACCACCAUCUGCCCCAACAUCAAAAAGAUGGAAGGGCACAAUGGAAUUGAGAAGGUGUGUGGUACCUUCGGAGAUAUUGAAAAAAUACAUCACUUCUUGAAUAAGCAGCUCCGGGAAAGGGGGCAGAAACAUGAAUCUUCCUCUUUGACAACAGAGAAGGAGCCAGUCCAUCAGCACCAGAACGGCUGCCCUUAUUCCCCUGAACCAAAAAACAGGGCAGAAGAAAAAAGUGGCCAUUUUGAAAUUCCCUUGCCUUUCUUUGAAUACUUCCAAUUUAUCUAUCCUGAUAAAAUGGACUCAAUACAGAACAGAUUUGGUGUAAAAAUAAUAAUCCAGCAGAGUUCGAACAUAGUCUAUUUAGACUUCACCUCGAAUCAACCAGGUGACCUCAGAGCAGCUCAGGAGUUUUUUGUCAGUGAAUUUCAGAAAACUGUAGGACUUCUGGAGCAACAAUGUGUUGUUUUCGCAGACAGUAAGCAGGCAAAUAAAAUCAAACAGGAAUUGAAUCAUCGGUUUACAAAGCUCCUUAUAAAAGAAAAAGGAGGAGAAUUAACUCUCCUUGGGACCCAAGAUGACAUUUCAGCUGCCAGAUAUUUUUUUGCUCUGAAAGACUCUGAAAGUCCUGUCAUGGGACCUGUGAAAAUAUCAACUCCCAGAUGCAUGAUGAAUGGAAUUGAAGUUGAUACUUUUCAGUAUAAGCUUUUAGAAGCUGAAAUACUCCAGGAGAUACCAAAGAUAGAAAAAAAGUAUGACACUCAAUGUAAGGUUUCAGGAAACACUGAGAAAACCUGCAUCCUAUUUGAACCUAAGGACAAGGAAUUAGAUCUGUCUGCCCAUGCUUAUGCAAGUUUCAUUGAUGUCUAUCAACAUGUGUCAUGUCAAGUGUUGAGAGAAGUUCUUUCCCUGAAACCUUUGGGCAAAGAGAGAAUGCACUUACAUGGGACCAAGUUUGCUGAUGGCUUUAGGAAAAAGCAUCCUAAUGUACACUUUGUACUGAAUCAAGAGUCAAUGACUUUGAUUGGAUUGCCAGAUCACCUUGCAAAGGCAAAGCAGUAUAUCUUUAAAAAAGUGGGGAUGUCCCCAUUAGCUGGAGACAAAUGGAAUGAGGACCACGAAACAUCCAUGGACAUUGACAGUAAUGAUUCAAAAACAGCUUCACCCACAUUCCAGCACCCUGCCGGUUCUGGGGCGUCAGGCAUGGACAAGGAAGAGGACAUAUGUAGCAUCUGCAUGGACAUGAUUAGUAACAAAGAAGUGCUACCCAAGUGCAAGCACGCAUUCUGCUCCCCUUGUAUCAACAAAGCCAUGUCCUAUAAACCGGUCUGUCCUGUGUGCCAGACUUCCUAUGGUAUCCAGAAAGGCAAUCAGCCAGAGGGAACCAUGACUGUCACUGUCCUAGAAGACUCACUUCCAGGUUAUGAAUCCUGUGGCUCCAUUGUGAUUAAUUAUAACAUGAAAGGAGGCAUUCAAACAGAAAAGCACCCAAACCCAGGAAAGGCAUACUCUGGAGUACAACGAACAGCAUACCUGCCCAAUAAUGAGGAAGGAAUCGAAGUUUUGAGACUGCUUCGUAGGGCCUUUAACCAAAAGCUGAUUUUUACGGUGGGGGAGUCUCGAGCAUUAGGAAUCUCAGAUGUCAUUACAUGGAAUGACAUCCACCACAAAACAUCCCGUUUUGGGGGCCCGCAAAAGUUUGGCUACCCUGAUCCUGGUUAUUUGAAACGUGUUAAACAAGAGCUGAAAGAUAAAGGAAUUGAGUAAGAAAACUGCUGGAAGGAUGUCUUGAGCCAAGCUUUCAAAAGACACAGUUGAAGAAACAUAUUUAAAUUUUUUUUCAUCUCAAGAAGUGGUCUGUUUAGAAGUAAGAA